AUGGGUUCCAAGCCGUGGUUAUACCCGGCUCCUGCCUAUCGUUCCCUGGAAACCUACUGGGACACCGACGACGACGCCCCUGGUCCCCGAUGUGGCCAUACCUUGACCGCCGUCGCAGCUACCAAGACUCAUGGCCCUCGCCUCAUCCUAUUCGGGGGUGCUACCGCCAUUGAAGGCGGCGCCUCCUCCUCCGCACCUGGCAUCAGAUUGGCUGGAGUAACCAAUUCAAUUCACUCAUACGACGUUCUCACUAGAAAAUGGAUUAGACUACGACCAGCUGGGGAUCCACCUUCUCCCAGAGCCGCACACGCUGCUGCGGCUGUUGGUACUAUGGUUGUCUUUCAGGGUGGCAUUGGUCCUGCUGGGCAUUCCACUGAUGAUCUCUAUGUACUUGACUUGACCAAUGACAAGUAUAAAUGGCAUCGAGUUGUUGUACAAGGGCAGGGUCCGGGACCUCGAUAUGGCCAUGUAAUGGAUUUGGUUGGUCAAAGAUACCUAGUUACCGUCAGUGGCAAUGAUGGCAAAAGAGUUCUAUCUGAUGCUUGGACUUUGGAUACUGCUCAGAAACCAUAUGCGUGGCAGAGGCUGAAUCCUGAAGGUGAUAGACCUUCUGCUAGAAUGUAUGCAACAGCCAGUGCUCGUUCAGAUGGCAUGUUUUUGCUUUGUGGCGGCCGAGACAGCUCUGGCGUGCCUCUUGGGGAUGCAUAUGGACUUCUAAUGCAUAGAAAUGGUCAGUGGGAGUGGACCCUGGCUCCUGGAGUGUCUCCUUCACCUAGGUAUCAACAUGCUGCAGUUUUUGUUGGCGCUCGCUUGCAUGUAACAGGAGGUGUUUUAAGAGGAGGACGUGCUGUGGAAGGGGAAGCAGCUAUUGCAGUCCUGGACACUGCUGCUGGUGUUUGGCUGGAUAGGAACGGGCUCGUAACUUCAUCAAAAAGUGGCAGGGGACUGGCUGAAUAUGAUCCUUCUUUGGAGCUAAUGCGGCGUUGCCGUCAUGCAGCUGCUUCUGUGGGUGUUCGUUUAUACAUUUAUGGUGGUCUGAAAGGAGAUCUGCUUCUGGGCGACUUCUUGGUCGCAGAAAAUUCUUCCCUUCAGCCUGAUGGCACUUCUCCUAUAUUAACCUCUGAGAAGGCUUCCCCUGUAACGAGCCCCAAAGUAAAUCGCACUAGCCUUGGUUCUCAUGACGAUGAAGCAGAGAGCCCUUCUUUUGGCAGUGUCAGCCUGGAUAAAAACUCAAUGGAGAAACUGAGGGAGGCCUCAGCAGCUGAAGCCCAAGCGGCUAGUGCUGUAUGGCAAGCUGCUCAGGCAGCUGUUAAUUCAGCUGAGGAAACUUCAUUGUUUGAUGACAAUUCACAGGCAGCCGAGGCAACUUCGGAUGGUAGUGAUGUGGAGGCUGAUGUUCGCCUUCAUCCUAGAGCUGUUGUAGUUGCUAAAGAGGCUGUAGGCAACUUGGGUGGCAUGGUGAGGCAGUUAUCAUUGGAUCAAUUUGAAAAUGAAAGCAGAAGGAUGGUUCCAACUACUAGUGAUACACCAAAUCCUGCCAAAAGGUUCAUGAGGCAGAGGUCUCCUCAGGGUUUGCACAAAAAGGUUAUAUCUACAUUGCUUAGGCCUCGGAACUGGAAAGCUCCGACAAAUAGGCGGUUUUUUAUGGAUUCCUAUGAAAUCGGUGAACUUUGUUAUGCUGCUGAGCAGAUAUUUAUGCACGAACCCACAGUUCUUCAGUUGAAAGCUCCAGUGAAGGUGUUUGGUGACCUCCACGGACAAUUUGGUGAUUUGAUGCGUCUCUUUGAUGAAUAUGGUUUUCCUUCCACAGCUGGGGACAUUACGUAUAUUGACUACUUAUUUCUCGGGGACUAUGUUGACCGCGGACAGCACAGUUUGGAGACUAUAACUUUGCUGCUUGCUCUUAAGAUUGAGUAUCCUGAAAAUGUUCACCUAAUACGAGGAAACCAUGAAGCUGCCGACAUCAAUGCACUCUUUGGUUUUCGCAUUGAAUGCAUCGAGAGAAUGGGAGAGAGUGAUGGGAUAUGGGCAUGGACACGGUUCAAUCAACUUUUCAACUAUCUUCCGCUUGCUGCGCUUAUCGAGAAGAAAAUUAUUUGUAUGCAUGGGGGAAUUGGUAGAUCUAUUAGUUCGGUGGAACAGAUAGAGAAACUUGAGAGGCCCAUAACCAUGGAUGCGGGUUCCAUAAUACUGAUGGAUCUUCUAUGGUCUGAUCCUACUGAGAAUGAUAGCAUCGAAGGCUUGAGGCCUAAUGCCAGAGGCCCUGGUCUGGUCACCUUUGGGCCAGACCGUGUAUCAGAUUUUUGCAAGAAGAACAAGUUACAGCUGAUCAUAAGAGCACACGAGUGUGUUAUGGAUGGUUUUGAACGGUUUGCUCAAGGACAGUUGAUUACCCUUUUUUCAGCUACAAACUAUUGCGGAACUGCAAACAAUGCAGGAGCCAUACUAGUUGUUGGACGUGGAUUGGUUGUUGUGCCAAAGUUAAUCCACCCAUUGCCGCCACCUCUUCAAUCCCCUGAAACAUCUCCGGAGCGCAUUACUGAUGAGACAUGGAUGCAAGAACUUAACAUACAGAGACCGCCAACCCCGACGCGUGGUCGCCCACAACCUGAUCUUGACAGGAACUCGCUUGCGUAUAUAUGA